AGUGCCGUGCCAACUCUACCGCUCGAUGCAAUUGCUGUCCAUACUGCGUGGUAAAAAAAUCCCCCUGACGUGUUUCGUAUACCGUGUCGAUCGCGCACGAACUGGGAACGGGCCGCCCAAGCAGUUCCGAAUGGACGGACAAACGGUGCUUGUGACCUCGACGUACGUAUCCGUAGCUCGAGAUCAUAUCGGAACUUGCAACCUGGGAAACUGCAACUGCAUUUGACCUCAUCGUGAUAAAGAAUCGUGUUACGAAUCCGAUUGUUUCAGAUUGGUUCAGUGAAUUCUACGCGCGGAUAAUGUGUUCGAAUUGUGAACUGGAAGUGUAGAAAAGCAUUGAACUUGCAGCAAUCGUAGUGCCUCGGUGGGGGUGAAAUAGUAGGAAAAUGAAAGCUGUGUGACCAUUUCGUGCCGAGUGCGGUGCAAAAUACCAGUUUGGGUCCAAAACCAACUUCAACUUAAGACUACCCUAGUUCGCUCGGAGGAGGGUUGAACGGAAAAAAACGAACGAGCAAGACCAAGCGUUUUUGCGAAAUGUGGAGCAAUUUUAGGUACGACAUACGACUUGUUCGCGUAAGAUUUGCAUAGAAAAUAUGGACGACUACGGCGAAUCGACCGGCUUACUGGAGGAGCAGCAGGUAGCUUCCGUGCGGUUACCGAUCAUCGGUAUGACCUGCCAGUCGUGCGUCAAGAACAUCGAAGGCAACAUCGGCAGUAAGCUAGGCAUAAUCAAAAUUAGUGUAAUUCUGGCCGAAAAUGCCGGCUACAUAGACUACGAUCCCACCUUGACGGAUCCGGCUCAGAUUGCGGCCGAUAUCGACGACAUGGGCUUCGAGUGCGUCUACACCGACGAUAGGAACGGAUCCAAAAGCGAUGUGUCGUUAGCUCGAAUAAGUAUAGAAGGCAUGACGUGCAAUUCGUGCGUCAGGAACAUCGAAGGCAACAUCAAAGACAAACCUGGUAUCGUCUCGAUUAAGGUCCUACUCGAUCAGAAGCUGGGCCUAGUGGAAUACGAUCCGAAAGUGAUCAGUCCGGAGCAAAUUGCAGAACUAAUUGACGAUAUGGGAUUCGAGGCAAAGGUAGCCGGUGAAGACAAUGUAACUCAAAAGACUGACAGCAAACGAGAGCCCCGUUCGGAGAAGAUAAUUUCAAUUGACGAUGGAUUCACGCCUUCGAAUGGGAAUGCCAACGGUAAGCAGGUCCAGCUGAAGGAUAGCUUCAAACGAUGCUUUCUGCACAUACAGGGUAUGACGUGUGCCAGUUGCGUUUCGGCAAUUGAGAAGCACUGCAAGAAGAUCUACGGCGUGGAAUCGAUUCUGAUCGCACUACUAGCAGCCAAAGCAGAGGUCAAGUACGACCACACGUUGACCGGUCCAGAGGAUAUUGCCAAAUCCAUAACGGACCUCGGUUUCCCGACAGAAGUCAUUGACGAGCCAGGAACGGGGGAAGCCGAGGUGGAAAUCGAAAUCCUGGGCAUGACGUGCAGUUCCUGCGUUAACAAAAUCGAACAAACGGUGUUGAAGAUCCCCGGUGUACUCAAGGCGUCCAUAGCGCUGACCUUGAAGAGGGGCAAAUUCACAUUCAACAACGAAAAGACUGGCGCGAGAACGAUAUGUGAAACAAUCCAGAGUUUAGGCUUCCAAGCGUUGGUACUGUCCAACAAGGACAAAAUGGCACACAGUUACCUGGAGCACAAAGAGGAAAUCCGCAAGUGGAGGAAUGCUUUUCUCAUUUCUCUCGCUUUCGGCGGACCUUGCAUGAUCGCCAUGAUCUACUUCAUGGUCCUCAUGGAAACGCACAGCCACGAGGAUAUGUGUUGCGUUCUUCCGGGACUUUCCAUGGAAAACCUCAUCAUGUUUGUCUUGUCAACACCGGUUCAGUUCUUCGGAGGAUGGCACUUCUACAUCCAAGCUUAUCGAGCCGUGAAACACGGUGCCAGCAACAUGGAUGUCCUCAUAACGAUGGCUACCACCGUUAGCUACCUCUACUCAAUAGGAGUGCUGGUCGCUGCCAUGGUCAUGGAAAUGAAAACGUCUCCGCUGACCUUCUUCGACACGCCACCGAUGUUGUUCAUAUUCAUCUCACUGGGUCGGUGGCUCGAGCACAUAGCUAAAGGGAAAACUUCCGAAGCCUUGUCCAAGCUGCUCUCGCUCAAAGCUACCGAUGCGGUACUGGUAACGCUGGGCGAUGAUUACUCAGUCCUCUCGGAGAAGGUAAUCUCGGUCGAUUUAGUGCAGCGAGGUGACAUCCUCAAAGUUGUCCCCGGUAGUAAGGUUCCCGUCGAUGGCAAAGUGCUAUGCGGCAAUUCAACGUGCGAUGAAAGCUUGAUCACCGGGGAGUCUAUGCCAGUGCCAAAGAAGAAAAACUCUGUCGUCAUCGGUGGUUCUAUUAAUCAGAAUGGGCUACUGCUGGUCACGGCAACGCACACUGGAGAGAAUACCACACUGGCUCAGAUCGUGAAGCUGGUGGAGGAAGCACAAACAUCCAAAGCUCCGAUUCAACAGCUGGCGGAUAAGAUCGCAGGGUACUUUGUGCCCUUUGUAGUGGCGGUUUCGGUUGUCACGCUGAUCGGAUGGGUUAUUAGCGGCUACGUGGACAUCAAUCACAUUCCCAUGUCGGAGGCGGCCAAGGAGGGAUUAAAUCGGGAGGAAAUCAUCUUCAGCUACGCUUUUCGGUGCGCUCUAAGCGUCCUGGCAAUCGCAUGUCCAUGCGCACUUGGGUUGGCCACGCCAACCGCCGUGAUGGUGUCCACUGGGGUGGGUGCUCUUCAUGGCAUCCUGGUGAAAGGGGCGGGACCGCUGGAAAAUGCACACAAGGUAAAGACGGUGGUAUUCGACAAGACCGGAACGAUUACGUACGGAAUGCCAAUGACAUCCCGGAUAUGCAUGUUCGUCAAACCGCAUGUAUGUUCGCUGGCACGUGCUCUGAGCAUCAUUGGGUCGGCAGAAGUGAACAGUGAGCAUCCGAUUGCCACGGCUGUUGUAAAGUUCGUGAAGGAUGUCCUGGAGAUCGACUCGUUCAGUAAGUGUUCGAACUUCAUGGCUGUUCCCGGAUGUGGCAUUCGCUGUGUGAUUUCCAAUAUCAACGGGGUUUUGAGCGAUGGGAUGAGAUCGGAGAAGAUCAAAAAUUAUCAAAAUUCGUACAAAAGUGAUGCGACUUCGGUGAGCUUUGUGAACGGCGCGGUUGUGGAGGAGCUGAUUCCAUCUUUGAGCCCAUCCCAGAAGAACACCAUGGAGCUUCAACAGCUGCUUCAGUUGGAAACCAUAGAGCCUGACACUAGUGUGGAAGCGUUUUCGCGCGUCAAUGAGUACAACGUUCUGAUAGGGAACCGGGAGUGGAUGAAUCGAAACGCGGUAAUCGUUCCGCCGGAGAUCAACAUCAAAAUGACGGAGGAAGAACAGAUGGGUAAUACGGCGAUUCUGUGCGCCAUCAACAAUCAACUGAUUUGUAUGGUUUCCGUAUCGGAUAUGGUCAAACCGGAAGCGCACCUUGCCGUUUACACGCUAAAGAAGAUGGGUAUCGAAGUGAUUCUGCUGACGGGGGACAACAAGAACACUGCCGGUAACAUUGCCCGUCAAGUUGGCAUCAAUCGGGUUUUUGCCGAGGUGCUUCCUUCGCACAAAGUGGCCAAGAUCCAGCGGAUACAGGAAAACCAAAUGCGAGUGGCAAUGGUAGGUGAUGGUGUGAACGAUAGUCCGGCUCUGGCACAGGCCGAUGUAGGAAUUUCGAUCGCUUCCGGGACGGAUGUGGCUGCCGAAGCGGCUGAUGUUGUAUUGAUGAGGAACGACUUACUGGACGUGGUUGCCUGUCUGGAUCUAUCUCGCAAAACUGUUCGAAAGAUACAUCUCAACUUCUUGUUUGCCAGCAUGUACAAUCUCUUGGGUAUCCCACUGGCGGCCGGCAUUUUCACUCCGUUUGGAUUCAUUCUAGAGCCCUGGAUGGCCUCGGCGGCGAUGGCUCUCAGCUCCGUAUCGGUGGUCUGUUCCUCGCUAAUGCUCAAGCUGUACAAGAAACCCACGAAAGCCUCCCUCCAGACGCCCGAAUACAUUGCCCUGGUGGAGGCCGGAGCCCUGCUAGAUCCGGAAACCGUGUCGGUACACCGCGGCCUGGACGACAUUCCGCGACCGAACUUUGGCCGCUCAACCAGCUCCACUUUAGCCAAGUUGUUCAUGCGCUCGCCGAAGGACUCCAACGAUGAUCGGCUGUUGGCUUCAACUCAUAUGAUCGACGACGAUGACUACAGCGUCGGUAUUGUCAAGUCCGUCAACAGUGGCAUCUACAAGGACGCGACCGAGCUGCAGAAACUGUAGAUCCAGUCACUUAUGUGUUUCGUUUCGAAAACGUGACCAUCCGAAAUUAUGUUUUAACGCCUUAUGGAAAAGCAGGUCGAGCCAAGCAUUUUUCGGUUGGAAUUCAACCGGGAAGCAGCCAUAAUGCUAAGCUCGCAGAAAUGUUCAUUUCUCAUCUAGAAUAAUUUCUUCCAUAUUUUUUCUAAUACUUUAAUCAGUGAUUUUGUGAUAUCGUUUUGCAUUGUUAUCGUUUGUUUCGUCCGAACUAUUUUUACUUAGAUAAACUAUACAUUUUUAACUACUCAUCAAUUACGUUUGUAUUGCAACGUACUUAUCAAUCAAGCACAAAUCCAGCCAGUUGAAAAGUACCAUAUCCUCGUUCAGGAGGACAGUUUCCUAUAGUGUAUGUAUAGAUAUGUAG